AUGCCUCACUCUCUGGACGAGAAAGCUGAAAUGACAAGGUUCAUUUCAGGCCACGACAGGGCUGAAUCCGGCGAGGCGGCGGCGGCGUUGGAGCUCAAGAUCCACAAUAUAAUCAUGCAAAUUAAAGAAUCAUUUAUUGAGCAGGGAGUCGAGUCAAUAGGGGCUGGCGACUACUCGCGGAGUUGCAUGCCUAAAAUUAACCCAUGCAAGUCUUCAGCGAGCCACCAAUGCCCAAAACAGAUGAUGAUAGCGUUCAAUCCUGCCAAUCACUGGCGCUGGGCGCGACGAGACAAGACAGCGUUAUACCAUGGCCACAAGAAAUCCUCUGGAAGCGGCGUCCCGGCUGGAAUCGCCCAGGUUUCGGUAGCAAGGGUUCGGCAGUCAGAGCCAGCACCAGCGCUCCAAGCUUCAAGCGUGAUCUUCAGAGGUCCCAGCGUUCCCCAGGCCCGAGUCCAGCGCUAA